GCGUGGCCCCAACCCCUCAGGUUCCCCAAGUGAGGGCCUGGGCUGAGCCGUCGCCUAGCAACGCCCCGCCCCGCCCCCUGGGCGGCCUCGGGCGCCUGCCCCCAGCAUGGCCUGGCAAGGCUGGCCUUCGUCGUGGCUGUGGGUCGCCAGCUGCGGGCUGCUGCUCCUGGUCCUCGUCCUACUCGUGAGCCCCAGCAGCUGCCGAGCGCGGCGGACCCUCCGCAGCCUGUUCAUGGCGCGUAGGAAGCGGCUGCUCUUCCGAAUCGGGUACAGCCUGUACACCCGCACCUGGCUCGGGUACCUCUUCUACCGCCAGCAGCUGCGCAGGGCUCGGAAUCGCUACCCCAAAGGCCACUCCAGAACCCAGCCCCGCCUCUUCAAUGGAGUGAAGGUGCUUCCCAUCCCCGUCCUCUCAGACAACUACAGCUACCUCAUCAUCGACACCCAGGCCCGGCUGGCUGUGGCUGUGGACCCUUCAGACCCUCAGGCCGUACAGGCUUCCAUUGAAAAGGAGGGCGUUAACUUGGUUGCCAUUCUCUGCACCCACAAGCACUGGGACCACAGUGGAGGGAACCGUGACCUCAGCCGGCGGCACCAGGACUGUCGGGUGUAUGGGAGCCCUCAGGACGGCAUCCCCUACCUCACCCAUCCCCUGUGUCAUCAAGAUGUGGUUAGUGUGGGACGGCUUCAGAUCCAGGCUCUGGCCACCCCUGGCCACACACAAGGCCAUCUGGUCUACCUGCUGGAUGGGGAGCCCUAUAAGGGUCCCUCCUGCCUCUUCUCAGGGGACCUGCUCUUCCUCUCUGGCUGCGGACGGACCUUUGAGGGCACCGCAGAGACCAUGCUGAGCUCACUGGACACCGUGCUGGGGCUGGGGGAUGACACUCUGCUGUGGCCUGGCCACGAGUACGCGGAGGAGAACCUGGGCUUUGCAGGCGUGCUGGAGCCCGAGAACCUGGCCCGGGAGAGGAAGAUGCAGUGGGUGCAGAGGCAGCGGAUGGAACGCAGGAGCACGUGCCCAUCCACCCUGGGAGAGGAGCGCUCCUAUAACCCCUUUCUGAGGACACACUGCCUGGUGCUGCAGGAGGCUCUGGGGCCAGGCCCAGGUCCCACGGGAGACAAUGGCUACUCCCGGGCCCAGCUCCUGGAGAAGCUCCGCCAGCUGAAGGACCUAUACAAGAGCAAGUGACCCCACCGCAGCCCAGCCCAGCCCCCGCCCCCCCGUGGUGGGGAAGCCACCCAUCAUGGCCCACAUCACACCUUCCCUCUCACUGCUUCCACCACCACCUCCGUCAACCCGUCAAGCCGGCACCACUCCCCGACCCAGGUUCGGGGGGGGAGAGGAGGGACAAGGCGAUGAGACCCUGAGACCGAGAGGAAGGGGGCUGACAGUUGGCCAAAGACAUUCCCAGGUCAUUUGUCAUUUGGCCCCUGGCCCCAUCAUGGUGGGAGCAGGGGAUCUGCGCAGCAGAGAGCAGAAAUCAGAAGUCCGGGAGCGGAGAG